AUGCCAUCAGACUCUUCCUCCAGCGGCUCAGGCCUGUCCGCCCUCGCUGUCCGUAACAGCGUAGCUAUAAACACGGACGUUUGCCGGCAGCUCGCUCAGGCGCCCUUCGAUCUCAAGAACAUCUUCCGGACAGAGGGUUUCGAUGGAGUGUCUCGCUGGGUCGUUAGAUGGGCUGACUUGUGCGACACUGUUCUCCGCGUCCAUGCCUUUGGUCUUAUGGCGGAGACAACGCGUCAACAAGCUCUCAUUGCAUGCAACCGAUGCCUAGCGAUAGGGAUCCCCGGUGUUGACGCACUCGAUGCUGAAGUGGCUCGCAUUCGUGAGGUUCUUGACCCCUACAAUGCAUUCCCGACAAACACUCUAUCAAUACCGUGA